ACAGGCGUCGUAGUGCCAGCCCUACUUUCAACUAAACCGCCCGCCCUGAACCAAUCCACGUUCAGUCGAAGUGAGAUCGCUCAUUACUCCGGCCGUGUUCAGGCGUCACUCGCGGAAUUGAAAUCUCAAUCCGACCAUUAAUUCCAACAAUUUAAAUUUCGAAUCGAGUUUCGAAUAUUAUAGCUGUAUGUGGAUAGUUCUAUGUGUCGCGCAAGGAUGGUAACAGUGUCUCGGGUAUUCUGCAAAAGUGCUAAAGUUUUCUGAAGUGUACGCGUGUGGAGUUGUUUGUGUGGCCGUCCUGAUUUUUAUAUUUCGUAAAGAAGCGACAUGGCAUGAACGGUCGGGUGGGCGCGACAUGCGGCGCGGGCCGCUCGCGCAACCGGCCGCCGUCGCUUUCACGCUUUCGCUACUGCUGCGUCUUGUCAACGCCGGAUCAAUGGGCCCCGGUGUGCCUGAGAAUAUAACGGUGACGUUCCUCAAUCCUACUACGGUGAAAGUAUCGUGGUCCACCACAGCGGAGCUCGUCGAGAAGUAUGACGUCACAUACAAGCCAUCAGACGCUAGUUACAGAGUGGUAUUGGAGGUUGCUGGUAAUUCUGAUGCUGUCAUACUGAGCGGGCUAGAGGCAGACACGCAGUACCAAGUGACGGUGGCCGCCCUGUGGGGCGGUCACAAGUAUAGAAGCAGGCCGAUUGUCUUCCGUACCCUGGAGCCUCCGCGGACGUCGCCGCAGCAGGACGGGGGACUAGUGGGUGCUACGCCCCGAUCCUCAGUCGCACCACCAGAUCCCUCACCUACAUUCCCAACGAUACGAGGAGUGGAGAUAGGGAUCGUAGUGUUAGUGCUGAUAGUGUGGAUCGGAGCGAUAGCACUCUUCUUCAAUCGAUGGGGCAAAAUCCGGAUGCUUCUGCCAUAUCAACCGGAUUACAAACAAGAGCAGCUGAAAGUGCCAGGAAGCAGUGCGUUGGCGGCAGCGACUGCGGGAGGAACUUGUGCACAUUCAGCUCCAUCCGCAUGUUCGCAUAUGCGUUGGUCACACACACAUACGCAAAGUUUGGAGUGUGAAGAGCGGCUGUUGGCACGGUGCAAUCGACCGCGUGUGAACUCGGCCAUCUUCGUCUCCGCUGAGCCCACAGGUUUCGCUGGAUUCGACGCCGGCGAAUUCCUAAGGCGACACGGCUCUCAAUCGAAGCUGUGUCGGAAGGCUAGAUCAGCAGACAACAUACCGCUUACUACAAUGAGCGAUUCAUCAGAACGCCUCUGCAAAGCCAAACCACCAAGAGAAGAGACUAUAAACGAAGAAGCUAGCAAAUCAGACGAUAGUGGCAGUGUAGAAACUGUCAAACAUUUUGGACUACCAAUUCUUUCAGUGUCUGGACCUUCACCCCCUGAUGAGGACUAUGAUCAGAUAGACGAGUAUCUGUAGCAUUUCCAUACCAGUUUCCAGCUCAAAUAUGUGCUGGAAAAAAUGAGGCCACCUUGGCCCAGUCCCGUGCAGAGCCCAUAAAUAUCAUAUAUCUUAUCGCAUCGGACGAUCAAAAUUUUAAUAAUAAAAUUAUUAAUUUGUGAUACUGUGUAGCACUUUGGUCUAAUACGAUUGAGUGAUCCAAAUACGGAACUUUGCGGAGUUGUCACAACGAAUUCUGGAGACUUGCAUGAAAUUCUAAUCUGUAGCUACUUAAAUGUGUGUCUUGAUGAGGGACCAUAGCUUUUAUAGUUGGUAUGGUGUGUUUAUUUUGAUUAAUUCUUGACAUUGAUAUUUUUGUAACUUUACUCUCCUGCGUCUCUAUUGAGUGUUAAAUAUAAAUGUCGGCGAUUAGAUUUAAAAUCACAUAACUCAUAAUUAAGGACUGCACAAUAACUUUAUUGUAAAUUUAUAUUCGACUUAACAGUGCCACUCUAAAUUUUAUCGAGUAUGAAAUAUAUGAUGUGCGUAAUGUUCUUAUAAGCAAUUUUAUAUAAGUCACUUAUAUGAUAAUAAAUAGCUAUGUACAAAUUAUAGUCAUAAUCUGCGGUGUCCUAGAUAUUUCAUUUAUUACUUGAUUUUUAGUCCACUAUAAUGAAUGUAAUUAUUAUAGAUAAUCGUAAAAUGUACCUAUACUAUCUUUUAUAUCAGCUAUAAAUACAUUUAUGUCAUAAAAAUUAUUGUAAUUUUCUUAUGCUUCGACUUCUUUAUAUUUAAUUUCUUCGAAACCGUUUAUAAAUAAAUGUUUGUUCAUUGAUAUUUUUUCUUUAAAUUUAAGAUUAAUAGAAAAUUGUAGUAAUAAAAAAUAUAUUUAAUUGAUCAUUAUUUAAUUUUGCAAAUGUCGUUUUAGGUAUUUCUCUAGAAGAGAGCUAUAAAUAAAAAUAUAUGAAGAAAUUUAAUUUAAUGGCGCAAACUAUGUUAAUAGUAUGUAUAGAUCUACGUCAAGAUUUGAAGGUUGAAUUUUGGUCCAAUGAUAUGUAUUAUCUGCACAUGGUAUUAUAGAAUAUAAGCGAUAAAAAUGUAAUGAAACAUCAAAGUAUGAACCAGUGUAGAGCAAGAUUAGAUCAGAGAAAAUUUGUAGAUUAUUUAACUCUAAAUUAUGUAAAUUAUAACCGUGCGAUGUAUAUACUUUUUAAUCCGCCCAUUGUAUUCUUUCUUAGUCAAAACACAUUCCCCUUUAGAUGUUUUUCUUUUUUCAAAUAUAAUAUUUAAAUAUCUCUAAAAAUUGUCAAUUAAAAUUAAUUAUAUAUUAAUUAUAAAUAUUAAUUAUGAAAAUCAUGUAGAUGAAAUUAAAAUCAAAAUGAAAAAUGGCACUAAACAACCCUUUGGUAUAAUUAGAAUAAAACAUUGCAAUUAAUUUUUCUUAUCUAGACUGGACUGGUGCUUAGGGACCAGAGGUUAUAGGAUGUCAUGUAGGCCUUAAUUCCGAUAAGUGGAUAUUUCCUGUUGUAUAUUAUAGUACCUAUUUCAAAGUUAAGACUAUAUUAUUCCCUCCACUAUUUAUAUAUUAUCCUUCAUCGAAUAAUAGAUAGUCGUGUGUUGCACAUGUCCUAGUUUAAAUUAUCCUAAUGAUAAAUCCCUUUUAUCAAUCAAAGAGUAAAUUUCAAAUCGGCUACAAUAUUGGUGCAUUGAAAUUGUUAUCUGAAUGAAUUAACAAUUAAAUUAAGUAAAGACAGCAUCUAACAAUUUUCAGUCUUAUAAACAAUGAAAUUAUUUCAUAUGUUUAAUUCGUUAACACUUACACAAGAAAGUGAGGUACUUUUUAAUAGAUGAAAUUUUUAAAGAGAAGAUAUCAUAUGCUUUGGAAACAACUAAAAAAUAUUCAUGACGAUGACAGUACACAGAUGUUGUGCCACAUUAUCAAAUAUUUUAAAAAGGACGCAGUGUUUAAUACAAUAAGAAUAAAUAAGACAGCUAAUAUUUGUUGUUUGCGCGGAAGUGUAGCAAAUGUCCCGAUCAUCUCAGUGUCUACUUUUUUGUAUUAUAAUAUCAUUGUAAUGUAUGUAAUGGUCUGAACAAUAUUGAAAUAUAGAUAAUGUAUUAUUAAACAGUUGAUACAUCAUUUCUUUGUGUCAAUCGCUCUAAAUACAUAAGCCACUUAAAACAGAUACGUUUUUAAAUGGAUAAAGCUAAUAAACUGAUAAUGUAUUUAAGUUAAACAUUUUAGUUGUAAACUAGAUUGAUUUACCUGUAUUUUUGACAACUCAGAAAUAAAAAUCUCGGAUAAUCCUAAAUCUAACCAAGCAUCCUUGACAAAAUACACGUAUUUCAAUUCGCUUAAGUUGUACAAAUAAUAAGUUGUACAAUUAAUAGUAAUAUAUAAUAUAUAUACGCUUGCGAAAAAUGUAAUAAAUAUUUUGGUGUAUCAAAUUCUCUUAUCAGUAUUUAUAGUUACUGAAGUUAUAUAUGCAUACUUAAAUUGUUGCACAUCGAUAAAUACUGUAAAAUGUUAUUAUUUAGUAGUACCUAAUUAUUUAUAAUUAUUGUAAAAACAUUAUAACUUUGCUAAUUGUGAGACUAUUUUGUUAUUUUUUCUUAUAAUAAAAAAAAAGAAUUGAGAAAAACGCCAUUAAAAGAGGAAAUUUAUAUAGAAAUGAAAAGUGUCAUUGUUCUUGUAACAAAAAUUAAAUUUAUUUUUAUUUAAAGUAAAUUAUUAAUUAUUUAAUUUUCACAUAUGUAAAAAAGAAAUUCUGUACAUGUAAAAUUUUAUCAUUGCAAUCGGCCUUCAAUCACGAAUUUAUUAUGUACCUAUUCAUAUCAAAAUUGAUACACAAUAUAAUGCUUAAAUGAUCAACAAAUAGGUACUAUAUGUUUUUGAUGAACUAAAUUAAAAUGAUAAAUUAGAAUAAUAAAACAAUCUCGAUAUUAACCUUGGUAUAGAAAAAUAUAUUUAAAAAAUAAUGAAAAAAAAAAUCAACUUUUUAUUAUAAUAACAUACAAAAGUAAUUUUGAUUUAUUUUUUUUAAAUGCACAAUCUUCACAAUAGUAAUAUGUAUAAAGUAUAGUUCACAUUUAUAUUUUCCUUAACAAAAUCAAUGUUGUAAAUUAGAAAAUAUUAAAGUUUUGUAGAAAAAAAGAAAUCCAUGUAUUAACAACGUUAAAAUUGUCUUGUGCCAAUAUUUAUGGUUGCAUCUUGAUUAGGUAUUUUCAAUUAUCUGUCAUUGUAAAAAUUAGAUUUCAAUUUAGAAGUGAUUUUUAUUUAUAGUAGUGUUUUAAAAUAUAGUUUUCUUAAGCAUAUGGUUUUAAUGAUAAAGUAAUAAACGAUGUUAUAGCAAUUUCCAAUUACAAUAACACUUACACGAGUUUAAUUUAUUUAAUGUAUUUUAAAUUAGUGUAGCUUUUACAUGAUAUUAGUGAAUAUUCGAGUAGAAUAUUACUAACUAAAAGUGUACAUAUCUAUUAUGAUCACGAUUAACAUUAAAAAUGCUCAUAAUUUUAAUGUAAAUUAUAAAAAAAAGGUCUACUAUGUAUAUUGUACAAUUAUUUACAUCCUUACGUCUAUUUACUAUCACAAUGAAUAAUAAAAUAUA